AUGGACUCGUCUCACUGGCAGACCCCGGACAUGUUCAGUCCGGUUCAAGUGCGGGUUGUGAGCGGGCCAGUCCUUGGUCUUGAUGUUUUGGCUCUGAUAAGAUUGGAUGCAUUAGUAGUAGUAGUAGUAGUAGUAGUAGUAGUAGUAGUAGUAGUAGUAGUAGUAGUAGUAGUAGUAGUAGUAGUAGUAGUAGUAGUAGUAGUAGUAGUAGUAGAAGUAGUAGUAGUAGUAGUAGUAGUAGUAGUAGUAGUAGUAGUAGUAGUAGUAGUAGUAGUAGUAGUAGUAGUAGUAGUAGUAGUAUCACUCAGCCCCGUUCUUGGUGGUGACUGGGACCUAAAGAAACAAAAAUCGAACAUUCACAACCACUGUCGCAUUGCCGCAAAAACAUUUUUCAUCGAAACAAGGUGCGCUGUAUUUAGCCAAGGUGAACCGCUGUGCCUUGGUUCCGCAGUCACGUCUACUGAUGCUGCAGCAAAUUUAGCAAAUUUAAAGCAAAAUAUGAAAAUUGGCUUCAUUCGUGGCACUACUGAAGAGGAUGAUAAUGAUAACAAUGAUGAGGACGGUUCGGACGAUGAUGAUGAUGAUGAUGACGACUCGGGUGAUGAUGAUGAGGAUGACGAUUCAUAUGGCUGUGAUGCUGACGGUGGCGGUUGUUUUGUGGAAAGUUUGACGUAUAUUUGUAAACAAACCGUGUGGCUCAAUCGAAACAUGUAA